UUAUGCGGUCGGGGGUUGUCUUUCUGCAUGAGGAAAUGCAUUCCACAAAAUAGAACCAAAUAAUCUCGGUAAUCCUAACUGACAUUAAACAGUAAGCGCUCAGAUUGAGAGAGUAACACUUGUUUGGUGGAUGUUUGCGGAUCUUUAUUAUGCGAAUGCGAUGUAAGAAUUGAUAUUUAAGCUGUAAAUUGUUCAUUUCUUUACGAAAAAUGCUAAAACUCUCCACAUGGAGGCAGCAGAACACACCAGCAAUGUCCUGCCCACUGAAGUAAGAUAAAGCUGCAACAGUGUGUCAAAGUUUCAGCCAGUCCAAGUAGACCGUGCGCCUCGACGCACCGCUCAGACAGAAGGAGAGAUGGGAGCCACGCAAACACACUCCGAGUACCAGUACGAGAACAUGGUGGGGAAAACUGGAUUUUCAACCGAGCAGAUUAAAAACCUGCACAUGCGAUUUCAGCAGCUGAGUGGAAAUGAAAAAACACUGAGAAGAGAACACCUGAAGAACAUACCGGCUCUCGCCAACAACCCCAUCAAAACGGAAAUUAUCGAGGCGUUCUUUGAUAAAAGGAACCAGCUUGAUAACGAGUUGGGAUCAUAUGAGGAAAUCGGCUUUGAGGAGUUCCUCAUGGUCAUGUCCCACUUCCGUCCUCUAAGUAUUAAAACAUCCGCGGAGGAGAAGACGGCAAUGAGAAAACAGAAAGUUCGCUUCCUGUUCAACAUGCACGACACCGACGGUGAUGGCAAAAUUACUCUGGAGGAGUACAGAAAGGCUGUCGAGGAACUUCUUUCGGAAAGCGGGACCAUCGGGCAGGAGGUUGCUAGGGCGAUAGCAGAUGCUGCCAUGCUGGAGGUGGCGAGCACAAAUGUGCCCAACAUGGGCCCGGAUGACUUCUACGAAGGAAUUACAUUUGAACAUUUUGAAGAGAUUCUAAAGGACCUUGAAAUGGAGUCCAGGAUGCAUGUUCGCUUUCUGGAUAUGAACACGGCUAACCUGCGUUGUGGACAAUAAUUGCUGGUCUAAGA